UGGGGCCCCUUUGUAUAGAAGCUAUUGCGUCGCAAGAUCAGUUAGUAUUUGCAAGUAACACAUGUAUCAGUGCGAGUCUCCAUUAGAUGAGUAGGGAUAUCAGCAACCUGACUACCUGUCCCUGUCUAUCGUGCUUCAUAUUUCAUGUGGAUGUUUAGUACGUGAACUGUUCAGUCAGAAUAAGUUGGGUGCCGCGAACUAAUUCGUAUCAAUGGCGGAUAGUAUCCGACGUCUCGGAGAGACGAUAAGAGGGCGUCUGCUCAAUGAUACACAGUUGGGACUGACACCAGCUCUGUUUCCAAGACAAGUCCGUGGAUUUAUCAGUGCCAAUGAUGGUGAUGAUGAUGAUGUUCUUGUGUAUGAAGAGAUCACACGCAGAUUGUUGGCAGUUAGUGACGUGCAAGUGGAAGAACGUGUUUCUCAAACGACAAAAAAGACCAGUACGGAUCAAUCCAAUGAAAGAAAUACGUUGAGUGACUUGGUGACAUAUUGCAACACGAGAAGCCAAGAACGCCUUGGAGGCAGGCCCGGGGAAACCCCCGAUGCAGCAGUCACGCUCAUUUCGUCAGAACUUAGUUCAAUACUCUCCAUAGAUGGGCCAUUGUAUUCUAGCAGUGUAGUUGAUAUUACGCAUCACACCGUUCGUAACCUUGAUGCAAAUAAAGUUGCAUUUGUCAAGCAAUCUGAUCUCCACAGGACAACACUAACGACCGCAUUGCAGAAGAGGUAUCCAUCUGUUAUGGUGUGUUGGGAUCAGAGUCUUGUAGAUACACUAACGGUAGCACUAGGCCUGGAAACAACACCUGUAACAUCGAGUACUGAUCUUCAGGCACUUACGUGUGACGUGGAUAUGAUCAUUUCCCGUGUCUUCAGAGAGAUCACUGUAACGCACCUGGCCAUGUCUCCUAAAAUCCGGAAAGAGGUAAACAAGAGAAAUUUAUCAACUUGUCUUCCUCAUACGUCCGAAGAUGUGUUGGUGAUACCCUCUGAGGAUAUGUCUGGCUACAUUGUUACAGGAACUUCCCGCGAAGUUACUUCAGUUAUUGCAGCAUUGCAACAUCUAGCUAAAGUAGCAGAGGAGAAGUGCAUCAUUGACCUGGCGCAGAUGAUGGUUAAACAAAGAUCAGCUCCACCAUGCACCCAAAGUGGAACACCCAAUGAAAGACGCAUCUCAGUAGAACGAAGCAUAUUAAUGUUUCUCCAGGCAUAUCGUUCACAAAAAAUAGAUUUGAUCCAUAAAUUGCCAGUUGGUAUUUCUUUUGAUCUGGACACUAACGCUGUCAUAAUUCGCGGACAAGAAGGGCAUGUGGAAGAAGCAGUUGGACAAAUCGGAUCUCUCAUCUCCGAGGUGGUUGUCUAUUCGUACAUGUCGCGGAAGGCUGGAGCUAAGAAAUAUUUCAGGUCACCAGCAAGCAAACAAACUAUAGAAUCGGCUGGGAAAAGCUAUGUGUGUGUCGUAGAUAUGAUAGAAGACUAUCCGGAACGAAAUGAUGAGACCCAAGUAGUCCUCAAAGUCGGGGAUCUCCAUACAACAAAGGCUGAUGUGAUUGUUAACUCAACAAACGAGAAACUGGACAUGACUGCUGGACCCUUGACCAUGUCCUUAGUCUGUGUAGGAGGCGCUAUCAUACAAACGCAGUGUCAGGAGCUUUAUCCGCACGGUAUCAAAGAAGGUGAUGUUGUAAAUACAGGCCCUGGCAAUCUGCGCUGCAAGGAGCUGUAUCACUGCUGUCUCCCAGCGUGGAAAUCAGAUCGUGAUAGUGGCAAGGUAUUGCGGCAGACAAUACGCCAGUGUCUACGUAAAGCAUCGGAAGCAGAACACAGCAGCAUAGCAUUCCCAGCCCUUGGCACCGGCAACGCCAGAUACCCGGCCGAGGUCGUGGCCCGAGUCUUUAGAGAUGAAGUGAGAGAGUACUUGAUAUCCAACCCGUGCUGUUCCCUGAAGGAAGUUGUCGUUGUCUUGUUUCACAAAGACGAAAAUACACUCGAGGUAUUUAAGAAGACAUACGGGGAUCAUACACUACAGGAAAGGGUUAACCCCGUUCCCGGCACGGAAGUACAAAAUGGAUCAGUCAACACAACCAGCUUCCCUUCUGCAAGCGAUGUCUUCUUCAAAGUAGGAGAUCUGGCAAAAACAGAGGCCGAUGUUAUUGUGAACACAACCAACGAGAAACUCGAUCUGUCUGCUGGGCCCUUGACCAAGUCCUUAGUCGGUGUAGGAGGCGCUAUCCUACAAACACAGUGUAAGAAGCUUUAUCCACACGGCAUUAAAGAAGGUGAGGUGGCGAAGACAGGCCCUGGAAAUCUGCGCUGCACGGAGCUGUAUCACUGCUGUCUUCCAGAGUGGAAAUCAGAUAAAUAUACUGGCAAGUUGUUGCGGCUGACGAUACACCAGUGUCUACAUAAAGCAGCUGCAGGAAACCAUGGCAGCAUAGCAUUCCCCGCCCUUGGAACAGGACUGAGAAAAUACCCAGCGGAGGUUGUGGCGGCGGUCUUCAGAGAUGUGGUCAAGGAAUAUCACAAAUCCAACCCACACAGUUCUCUCAAGGAUAUUGGAGUUGUCUUGUUUGAAAAAGACAGAAAGACAAUAGAGGCAUUCAACGCCAUAUGCCGGAAGAAGACUGAGUCUGAGAGUGAAACCUUUCCCCCGGAUAUGGAGGAACAGAGAGAGUUCCACCUCGGCAAUUUACAGUUGGGGGUGAAGGCGGGGGACGUCCUGGACGAAGAGGUCGAUGCUGUGGUACUUCCGACCGACAACAUGGCCGUACCUAACCUCGAUUUUCCAGAUCCAAAGAUCAGACGUUCGGGAACAGCGUUUGUACGCAGACAGGAUAGGGCGAGUAUGAUCGCUGUCUCAAGAGAGUUCUUUGGGUACGACGUGGAGCGGAUUAUUACCAAAUGUCUACGUAAAGCUGACAAAAAGAAAGUCGUGUCUGUGGCCAUACCCCAUAUAGCAGACAACACUCCAGAGGACCUGUUCAACUUUGCGUUCAUCCGAUGCAUUCUAAACAUCGUCAACAGCAACGACAGACUGGGACAUGUCCGGCACGUGAUACUUGUACUCACUGACACGGUCGCUGUGGAAGAAACAACCCGGAUGUUCCAGGACUAUUUCGGGAAAUCGUGCGUGAAGAGAUUAAGCCUGUGUAGAAAGCCCAGCCACACAUUGGACAAUGAGCGGGACCGAACAAUACAUGAAGAACUACACCUGAGAAUAGUGUCAAGUGACAGGAAGAACAUAAAUAAAUGUCGGCAGUUCCUUGAUCAGCAGCUCGGGGAGAAUUUGUGCGCUGAAGACCUCCACAGUGACGUCAUCUAUGAUCUCACAGACAAACAAGAAGAGGACAUAAAACAGACGUGUGCAGACAUGGAUGUGGAGGCGAAAGUGGAUAUUGAAAACCGUCUCGUUCGUCAUUCUGGUCUGAAGACUGACGUGGAAAAAGCAAAAUCCAAAACAGGAGAACUGUUAAAGGAUAUUGAAUUUCUUCAAAUACAUAAAGAGAGGGCGGAAUUCCUCAGGCAGUUCGUGCAGUGGUGGUCUGCCUCGUCACAGGGAGCAGUGAAGGUUUCUGCAGUGACCAACCUGUUGAUCGAGGAAGCCUAUUUCAGAAGACUCCACCAGCCCACAUCAGUGGUGGAGACUCUCAUUGGAAAGGUCAACAUUGACUUUUCAACCAUGGAAUUAAUACCCCAGAAUCGACCCGAGUAUAAGCAUAAGCUAUCCCGGAAGCAAAUACCAGCGAUGGCCUUACCACAGACCUGGGACGACAUGUGUGGCAAAGAUUUGAUAGCCCCAUGUGUCACAUCUGGACCUGAAAAUGAUGAACUGACACAACUAUUUACGAGCAGCGCGGGGAAUGGGUACGAGAUUGUAGAGAUCCGACGCAUACAAAAUAUAUUGACGUACCAGCAGUACCAGAUACAGAGGCAGUCGGUGCAGUCCCGCAACGCGAACACAAUCAUUGAAAGACGACUCUGGCACGGCACCAGAAGUGAUGUCCUCACAAGCAUCAAUAGAGAUGGCUUCAACCGAUCCUUCAAUGGCAAAAACGGAACGAAAUUUGGGAAAGGUGUAUAUUUUGCUACAGAAGCUAGUUACUCUGCUCAAAAGGAACUGUCUCCCAAAGAUGACCGGGGCUUCAAGUAUAUCUACCUAUGCCAGGUUAUCACGGGGAUCUUCACGAAAGGGGAUGUGAAGAUGUUGGACGCACCUUUUUUGGAAAAGGGCAGUUCAAUCCGUUACGACUCUGUAGUUGACAACGUCAAAAGGCCGACCAUGCAUGUGGUGUUCAGAGAUACGCAGUCCUACCCUCAAUACCUGUUUGCUAUCAAAGAAAAAUGAAUGAAUGAGUGAAUGGGUAUAUUAAGCUCACGGGGCGUCAGCUUGAUGUUGGAGGAAAGGCCGAAGUGAAUCAGGUUAACCAAUUUGUCGCCCAAUAGCACGGAUAUGAUAAAUGUACUUCUGGCCCGGUCGCUAAGGUGCAGAGUUGCGUCCUUUGGGUAAGCAAGAAAUAUAUGAUCGUGGGUUCGAAUCCCUAUUCGCCAUUACCAUGCCCAUGGGUUUCACCAAAGUUGUAAACGUCUGAAACCUGCAUCACUUCGGGUUUCCUCCCAUAUUAAGCUGACACACCGUGAUAUAACUGGAAUACUGUUCGAAGCGGCGUUAAGACUCACUGUGAUGCUUCUAUACCUAAAAAGACAUGAUCAGGGCCUAGGGUUGCUUCCCUGAACGAUCAUUGCCAUAAGAAAUCGAUUGAAUAAGAGAUUAAUGCUUUGAACAUUAGUUUUGUUCUAUGAAGGCCAGUAAUGCUGAAGGAUACCGAAAGACACGAUGCAUCUAGAUCUGUUGAGUCAGUAUGAGGGCCUGUGCCGGCCGAAUCAGGGGAAUCUCGACUGAAAGGGGGUAGCUGUUGGCAACCCCAAAGAAAGCAGUACAUGUUUUUACGUUCAAAUGUUUAGGUACCAACUGAAGGCGAACAUGUGUGUUUCGACAACAUAUCAACAAACGGUAUCCGGUUCACGUCUUCAGUGACCAUGUCCAACUGAGACAGGAAUUGAUUAUCUUUUGAUCUUGAAUAGAUCAUGUUUUGAUGAUGUGUUAAAAACAAACAAUGAAAAACGUGUUGAUCGGAGAAAUAUAGUCGCAUCCUGCACAGCUCAAAGUUAAGCAGUUGGUAUACGUACUUCAACCCCUUUUGUGAAACAUAUAGCACGUGACAGGUGAUGACAAACCAACGAUCGUAUUCCGGGCGCGUGAUAAUUCAUCCGCAAGCAGCGGAUCCUGGCGCCUACUUAAUCGGAUAAUCACUACAUUCUAACCUAAUUAUAUUUUCGUUGUGUCAUUGUAAUUCCUGCAUUGGUCACUCGUUAUUGCGUUCAUUUCCCAAUGAAUGUAAAGAAUUAAGCCACGCCCACCGAAGCGGACUACUUUCAUCACAACGUCAUGUCGAAGAAUCCCAAUUACAGUGAAGGAAAUUCUCUCUCUGCUCAUCCAUAUCAUCAUGAAUUUAUCUGGCCUUCUAAAAUUUUAGCGCUAGUUUUCGGUAUCAAACCUACCAUCAACGAAAUGAUAUCGCUGUCUUCCACACUCACUGCACAAACACCAGCAUCGUACAAUCUCAGUUCCGUAAAUGUCAUGACUUUUUUUCAGGUGAAUAAUUGACUUGCCUUUGCGUGUGUUUGUGACGGAUGCCACCGGUGGAGCAGGAUACGCUCACAUUUUCGCGAACAACUGCUAUCAUAACUAUUUGAUUCGUAGUGAUUCACAGACACAUGUUCAUGAUAUGUUCGGAGUCGUACAGUCGAUUCUGCUUUAUACCGAAAUUUGUAUUGGAUAUGGAAAGGGUAACUUUUAUCGCUUUAUUUUCAUUUCUAACUCGGUCUUUUCCAAAUUUGUCUUCCAGUUACUAUGAAACUAAUUGAUUCUGUCGGUUAAUAACCAUGUCCUUUGAAACAGCUGCAAUCCUCCUGACCUAUUUUUUCUGAUUCAUAUCAAACAGUUCUUCUUCGCGUCUCUUACUUUGAUUGGCAGGUCCUAUUAACUUGGUUUGAUGUACUCUCCGUUGAUUGGCUUCUGACUUCGUGGGCGUGUCAGGCUAUGUACCUAACUUAAACAAUCGCCUGAUAUUUGCCACGCCACAGUAAGUAUUCCUACGCGUGUAACGUUUAUCAAUCUCGUUAUAUCUGCCUGCUUUGAUCUUUAUAAUUGUAUUUGAGUAAACUGUUGUAGAUAACA